AUGGUCAGCAGCACGGUGGUGCCGCAGGUGCAGGCGGUCUUCCCCGAGGGGGCGCUCACGAAGAAGAUCAAGGUCGGCCUGCAGGUAAAUCUGUUCAAGCCGAGAAAGGGCGUGCCCAAAGAGAACUUCAGAAAGAUCACCGUCAAUCACGUGCCAAAGAAAAAGAGGUGGUCUUUGAUUUGGCCUAAGAAAAAUAACGUCUACUCUGUUUGA